ACCACGCCCCCUCAGGGAGGGCCUCUCGGAUUGGCUGCUUGGGCAGGGAGCUGGCCGCGCCCCCAGGGCCCCGCACUCUAUAAGUAGCCGGCGCGGCCGCGGGCAGGCCAGUGCGCCUCGCAGGGUCCUGCCGCCGACGGAUCGUCGUCCCGCUCUCAGUCCAGCAUGAAGGUCGCCAGCGCUGCCGCCGCCGCCUCCCCCGGGCCUAGCUGUCCCCUGAAGCGGGUGCGGCUGGGCGGGGGCGCGGGCGAGGCCGUGCGCUGCCUCUCGGAGCAGAGCGUGUCGCUGUCGCGGGCCGGCGGCGGGUCCCCGCGGGGGCUGCCCCUGCUGGAGCAGGCGGAGCAGGCGGCCGCCGCCGCCUCGCUGCUCUACGACAUGAAGGGCUGCUACUCGCGGCUGCAGGCGCUGGUGCCCACCCUGCCCCGCCACCGCCGCGUCUCCAAGGUGGAGAUCCUGCAGCACGUCAUCGACUACAUCUGGGACCUGCAGCUGGAGCUGCAGCACCCGCCGGCCCGCGGCCAGCCCCUGGGGGGCGGCCCCGACGGGGAGCCCGGCGGCGCCGCGGAGCAGGCUGCCUGUGUGAGUGCCAGCGACAGGAUCCUCUGCCACUGAGCGCCUGCCUGGGAGCAUGGAGCACUCCUAGGACUGAGGAGCAGUAGCUCUAUUCCCCAUAAGGGGGAGGUCUGGCUGGUGUCCCCCUGCUCUAGCUCCAUCUGAAGGGGGAGCUGUGGAAGCCUCUGGAAGGGAUGAGAAUGGGGAGUUUUUGCUGAGCCUUCCUGUUCGCCUGCAUGUGGAGCCCUCUGGGAUCCUGGAAGGAGGAACAGGAACCAGGACUGGGGCAAUUUGCAACAGCCCUGGCUCUUCAGCUGCUGCUGCGACAUCAAAGACUCUUGAGACUUUUCUGUAUGGGAGACUCUAACUUUAUAUAAAAAAAUGAAACCUGUAUCCUUCUCAGAUUGCUGAGAAUAUUCUCUGUAUUGUAUAUUACAAUGAUGCUACCAAGAAUAUUGUUCUACAAUAGUUGGAGUUUUUGUUAUUAAACAAAUGCUGAUUGUU